CCCGCGACAGCCAGCGGCCGCCCAGCAAGCCCGGAUUCUUUCCCCGGACGAGCUCUUUCCCUGCCGCCCUCUGAAUGGGCCUCCUCGGAGGCGGCCGUCCCGCGUCCCGCCCCGAUUCCCCCGGGACGCCGGAACCCAGAGUCGCCCUGCCCCGGUGGGUGGGGGCCGCCGCUGGGGACGGCCCUGGGAGCGCCUUCCGCCCGGCCCCUGACCUCCCGGGCCGUCUGUGGACUGACCAGCGCCCCAAGGUGCCCAGAACCACGAGGCUGCCCUGAGAUUCUCGGUCACUCUGUGGGGAUGUCAGAGAGCCCCGCUGGACCCAAACCUGCGAUGCUCCGGGCUGACGUGCCCACGGCGCCCUCCUUCCAGCGGGCGUUCACGUCCUCCUGCACGAUUUCUGGCCACAGCCCCAGCCAGCGGAGGGGGAGCCCUUCCUCGGCCGAGCACCGGUGGGUGGAGACCAGCCCCAGGCCCGCGGUCACCCUGCUGGGGAGCGGCCGGCCCGGCGAGGACGGCCCCGGGCGGCCCCACUUCCCGCCAGCCGGCCUCCAGACGUCCUUCCACGGCCACGGGCUGUCCCUGGCGGAGCCGCCGGAAGCUCUGGGCCCCCCAGGCAGCCCGGCCUUCCUGAGCUUCGGCGCUGCCCCUGAAGGAGGUGGGCUCCCCCCCGGCGAGGACCCGGGGGCCCUGCUGGCCAAUUCCCACGGAGCGCCCCAGGCCCCCGGCACCCCGCGGACAGCAGCCGAGGCUGCCGACAACGGCUUCCUGUCCCACAGCUUUCUCACGGUGGCACCUGGACAGAGCAGCCACCACAGCCCCGUCCUGCAGGGCCCGGGGCUCAGCCUGCCCGGGCAGCCGCCCCUCCCCGAGAAGAAGCGGGCCUCGGAGGGAGACCGUUCUUUCGGCUCGGUCUCGCCGGCCUCCAGCGGCUUCUCCAGCCCUCACAGCGGAAGCACCAUGAGCAUCCCUUUCCCAAACAUCCUCCCGGACUUCUCCAAGGCUGCGGAGGGAGCACCUUCCCCAGAUACUCCAGGUGAUAAGCACGUGUCCGUGAACUUUGUCCAAGACACAUCCAAGUUCUGGUACAAGGCAGAUAUCUCCAGAGAGCAAGCCAUCGCUGUGCUGAAGGACAAGGAACCCGGGUCAUUUAUUGUCAGGGACAGCUACUCCUUCCGAGGCGCCUAUGGCCUGGCCGUGAAGGUGGCUGCGCCCCCGCCCUCCGUCUUGCAGCUGAACAAGAAAGCUGGAGAUUUGGCCAAUGAACUCGUUCGGCAUUUUUUGAUCGAGUGCACCCCAAAAGGGGUGCGGUUGAAAGGGUGCUCCAAUGAACCGUAUUUUGGAAGCCUGACGGCUUUGGUGUGUCAGCAUUCCAUCACGCCCUUGGCUUUGCCCUGCAAACUGCUCAUUCCCGAUAGAGACCCGUUGGAGGAAAGAGCUGAAAGUUCUCCGCAAACGGCGGCCAACUCUGCAGCCGAGCUGCUGAAGCAGGGGGCAGCUUGCAACGUGUGGUAUCUGAACUCCGUGGAGAUGGAGUCCCUCACGGGCCACCAAGCCAUCCAGAAGGCCCUGAGCGUCACCCUGGUCCAAGAGCCGCCUCCUCUGUCCACGGUCGUGCAUUUCAAGGUGUCAGCCCAGGGCAUCACCCUGACGGACAACCAGAGGAAGCUCUUCUUUCGGAGGCACUACCCCGUGAGUAGCGUGAUCUUCUGUGCGUUGGAUCCACAAGACAGGAAGUGGAUCACAGACGGCCCUUGCUCAAGAGUCUUUGGAUUUGUGGCCCGGAAGCAGGGCAGCGCCACCGACAACGUGUGCCACCUGUUUGCAGAGCAUGACCCCGAGCAGCCGGCCAGCGCCAUCGUCAACUUCGUGUCCAAGGUCAUGAUCGGCUCCCCUAAGAAGAUUUGAGCCCCCCACAGCCUGGAGACUCCAGAAGGGCCUAUGUGACCCUGACGUUCCAGGCCCAGGAGGGAAAGGGGCUCCUCCAACCUUACAAACAAACAACCCCGCCACCAGCUGGCCUUAGCUGAGAGCCACUGCUCACGGACGCAUUUCUGUAGCCCAGUGCUUUCCAGGUGGAGGAAGUUGGGCAUCGGGUGUGCCCGCCCGGUCCCCAUGCAGGAAAGGACCAUGCAAGGAGAUGUGGGGACCCGUGUUCCUCGAACUCUGGUGUUUGUGGGAAGGAGGGGAGCCCGCCCGCUCCUUAGAGGCCCUGAGUGACCGGCUGUGCCUCGCCACUGCCAUGUCAGAGGGCUCCUGUCCAGCGGGCACCUCAGGGCCUCUGUCCUCCCACGACAGAGGUGCUGAUUAACCUGAGAAGGGGAGGCAUGUUGGAUGAAGGUUCAUGCGGGUCAGGCUCUCCCGGGGCACUGGGGCCUCAUGGACAAGGGGACGAUGUGAUAGGCGGUGAGGACGAGGGAGGUCACGCGGUCAUUGUGAGGCCAGAGCCUGAGCGUGGGGACGGCUCCCCACCUCUGCUCACAUACCUCGUCUGAAUGGCACCCUGGGCCGUGAGAGGGGAAGGUGAGAAGAUAGGAGUAACCCCCAUUUCCAUGUAAUUUAUAUUUUACUGAAUGCCAAGUUAUUUAUGAUAACAGUUUGCCAUUGCUGUGCUGUACUGGUGUCCAGAUGCUGCCGCCUGCCGAGCCGGGGCUCUGGGAGGGGCAUCUGUCCCCGUGUCGGACGCACCAAGACGGGUGGCGCGGACUCCGUUGGCCGCUCCGUGGGCCGUCGUUGCCUGCGGGCGGCUGCCGAAAGCUGGCUUUGCCUCCAGCAGCCUUCCCGAACGCUUGACCGUCCGUGUGUCAUUUCCAGGCUGUGGAUACAUCCUUGCUUGGGGGGAGGGUCCUGAGGGGUGGGACACGCUUACUUUGAGACUCAGCCCUCCCCCACAUCGCUGUCCUCGGCCAGCCGGGGGCCUGGGAGAGAUCACCCCGAGAACCACUGACCUGAGGGGGCCCUUGUCUGUCCCCACCCCGCCUGUUGGCUCCUGUUGGGACCCGUGUGUUCUGGCACCCGAGCAGGGGGAGGAUGAGGAGGGGCCUCAGUCCUUCCGCGCUGUUUUUCAGCUCUUCUGCAUCAUCUAAGCCACCUAAUCAGCUGUGCUCUUGAAGCUGAUGUGCAUAUUGCAGAGCCGCGGUCUGUCCACCUGAAUCCGUCAGUGGUCAGAGGUUUGGGAGAAGAAGCCAACGGUCCUGCAAGAUCCCAGAGCAAGAGGCCCCGGUCUCCUUCCCCGUCACCCAAGACACUUGCACCAUGGCUCUCCAUCCCCCGUGAACCGCCCGUCUCCUCCACCUCCCCAGUCAAGCACCAGCUCUUCAAACACCAGGAAUCGCUGUGGCGGCCACCACACUGGCGUUUGGAAACGUGCUUCGUGGAUUCUGUUUUCGAGCGGGGCAGAGACAGACUCGGCGACAGCAGAGGUGGGACUGGCCGAACCGCGGUGGGCGUUGUGCGCGUGGAUGAGUGAGAGAGCGUGCGCGGGAAGCAGGUGGGCGAGGCCGCGGUUUAGCUCCUACUGGCGCACCAGCACAAGUGCCUCAUUUCUGUGCCAAACGUUUGCCUUGGUCCUCGCGGACCCUCUUCCCUGACUCAGGGCGGCCUGGCUAAGGAGAACGCGCCGGCAUCUUCCAGAGGCCUGAUGCCUUGGUACCCGGGGUUGGGGGUGUCUAGCAUUUCCGUUUUUCAUUCACGGCUAGAACUCAGCCAAGGGGAGCGGAGGCUUGUGCUGUCCCCCAGACGGGCCUCCUCCUGAGAUGCUUGUCCCCAGAUUUGACCCAGGGACCGCAGGCCAGGUCCCGUAUCCUUCUGACGAAGGAAGAGAGGGCUCAUGUAGAAAUCAGGGCAAGAGAGGGGUGCGGGGCUGAGAAACAUCGACCACCCCAAUCACAGAGGCCGUCCUCGUCCAGAGCAUGCAAGCCAUGACAUUUGCUUUUUAAACUGACUGGCGGCCGAGACUUUGACUCUCAGGAGUCAAGGGCAUCAGCAGGUGUCCUCCCAGCAAAUGGCUCCCUCUGAGGUGGAAUGAAAGGAAGCCAGUUCCCUGUCUUCUGAGGAGCUGGUACGACAGCGUGUUACAUAUGCAUGAAAUGGAACAAGACGAGGCCAUGAACUUCGUGCUCAGACCUCAGGCAGCCCCACCGCCGACACUGACUCUGCGGCAGGUGGAAAAGGAACAUCCGCAGGCAUCUGGCUUCUGGGGUGCCCGUGGGCGCGGGGGUACUGUCCUGGGGCCUGCACGAGGACUGCACCCCACCGGUGUCACAGCCAGGGCCUGUUUCCCUGCUCAUUAACCGAUGCUGUAUUCCUCCAGUGUUAACCUAUAACUGCGUUAAGUCACACCGCAUUUAAGGGUCUCCGUGUGUAUCCUCAGCAUCAAAGACCUCAUCAUGUCUCCUUAUCUGCCUUACCUAGUAGCGGAUAUUUUUACUUUUCUUAUAUUGUAAAGAAUAUAUCCCGUAUGUAAAUGAAUGUUCUAUAAUUCCUUUGUAUAGUCAUUUUCUUUGCUCUUUAAAUAUCAUCUCUAUUCAGAGUAUAAUAAAAGUAUAAACUUGGUAAGCGUCAGUGAGGCAGGCAU